AUGCAUUAUAUUGCCGAAGGACAAGUGAUCGAACAAUGGCUAAUACAAAUACCAUUUACUUGUAUACUUUUGGAAAUUAUUGGAAUUUGCAUUAUACGUUGCAUUUUGGCUUUAUUAACAAUAGCAAAAUAUAAGCGUAAACGAUAUUAUUGUCAUCAAGCGCCCAUUUUGGAUAGUUCAUAUUUUGCUGAUGCACCAUCAUAUGUUGAAAAAUAUUUGGAAGACUCAGUUGGAAAAGGGAAUGCAAUACGGAAAGGAACCAUAAAUUCUUCGGUACCAGGAAAAAUUAAAUUUGAAAGACAAAAAUGCUAG